GUAGGAACAAAUGAUUAAGGGAAUAGAGCAAUCAAAAGGGAUACAUGAAAAGUUGAAAAGUAUGGUUAGAUGGAAAGUAAAAUAAAUUGAUCAGAUGUUGAAAAGUCUUUACAUUUGUAUUUUAUUAGGUAUAUUUUAUACAUUACCGCUCCCACCGGCCCACCGCAAUCUAAAGCAUAGACUAAGCAACAUAGGAUUAGCUUGGCUUCUAUAGAUAAAUAUCCAAAUAUAUUCUUUAGUUUUGAUAAUUUCAAGCUGACAUUUUAGACCAGAAGCAAUGUUAUCUCAAACAUUUCAUCACAAGAAAUCAAACAGCAAAGUUUGAAUGGAGUUUUGAUCAAAGUUCAUAUGUAUGUGUGUGUAUAUAUAUAAGUAUGUUUGUAUACAAGCAAGAAUAUAUUGCUCUUCUUAAUUUGCUUCAAUGUCUUCCAAAACUACAACCCUUCCAUUACUCCUUUCCGCCCUCCUUUUCCUUAUCCAACUCAAUGUCUCCGCCGGCCAAGCCGCGGUCAAGGGCGCCUACUGGUAUUGGGACAGUGGACUUCCAGCCUCCAGCAUAGAUUCCACCCUCUUCACUCAUCUUUUCUGUGCAUUUGCUGACCUCAACGUCGACACGUACCAAGUCACAGUUUCUUCCUCUAACCAAGCACAAUUCUCAAGCUUCACCCAAACAGUCCAACAAAACAACCCUUCUGUCAAAACCCUCUUGUCCAUUGGAGGUGGUGGCGGUGCUGCCCUUGCAGACACAUUCGCUGCAAUGGCGAGCCAACCCGACCGGCGUAAGUCAUUCAUCGAUUCCUCCAUCAGUCUAGCUAGGUCAUACAACUUCCAUGGCCUCGACGUUGAUUGGGAAUAUCCAUCCACCACCACUCACAUGACCAACUUCGGCACCCUUCUCACCGAAUUGCGUGCAGCCGUGGCCAAUGAGUCGCAGACAUCUGGGAACACGGCAUUGCUUUUAACCGCAGCUGUACAUCGCUCAGCGGAUUACUACACCAUAAAUUACCCCUUUGAGUCCAUAUCAAACAGUCUGGACUGGAUCAACGUUAUGGCUUACGACUUCUAUGGCUCUGCCUGGGAGUCAAGCAGAGCCAACACUGGCCCACCUGCUGCGUUAUACAAUGCCACAGCUAGCCAAAUUAACGGGAAUGCCGGGAUCACAUCUUGGAUUGGGGCAGGUGUGGCUGCCAACAAGAUAGUCCUAGGCCUUCCGUUUUAUGGCUACGCUUGGCGCUUGGUCAACGCCGAUGACCAUGGACUUUUUGCUCCGGCUGAUGGACCGGCUAAUGCCGGGACAGAUGGGAGCAUGGUUUACCACCAGAUAAGGGAUUUUAUAAGCCAGAAUGCGGCAGAGACGGUGUACAAUGCGACGGUUGUAACAAACUAUUGCUACUCCGGGACUACAUGGAUUGGGUACGAUGAUACGGAGAGUAUCUCUGCCAAGGUUUCAUAUGCUAAGGAAGAGGCACUUCUUGGAUACUUUGCUUGGCAAGUCAGUGGUGACGACAGCAAUUGGGCUCUUUCUCAAACAGCUUCAACUACUUGGGGAUGAACAUUGCUUAUACAUUUACCUACAAUAAAGCUACACUGUAUUUGUAGACUAAAUACCUUGCAAUACGGGCUAAUGAGGCCAAAUAAACAAUAACCGUUUUUUAUAUAUCUCUUGUGCUACGAGUGUAUGACUUUUUUUUUUUAUUUCCUUAAUUGAUACUCUACUAAUUUCGUCAAUUGUUUUGUUUGCUAGUCACUUAAUAUUAUGGUUUAGUGAUAUUCUUAUUUAUUUGUAAAUAAGAGGUUUUAGAUUCGAUUCUCACUAAAGACAAAUUUGAACUACAUUAUUGCUAGCUCAUUAUGAGGUUAAACCCAACCCCAUCCCCCUUUAUGCAUUUUAUGUGAAUAAAAAACUUACAUAUGAUAAUACACUAUUAAAUUAAAAUGUCACGUGACGGUAAAUUCUAAAGUAACAUUUAUUGUAAAAUUUAACUAGAAUUGAAUAAAAUAAUAUGUGUCAAUUAAUUAAAUAUAUGUUAGACAUAUACUAUAAUUAUGGUGGUGAGCAAAAUGUUCUCGUGGAAAAAGGCCACACGUGGUUUCACGUAUACGUCGAUCUCACCAAUACGGCAAAUUAGGUAUGACCCUUCGCCAGACCAACCAGUAGAGACCCGCGCGCACGCGAGAGAUAGAGCGACUAUAGAGUCAGUCAGGGAAUGCUCAGCGCGUCGGUGCCCGCACCCACACCGUGUUCUCUACCCGCUUCGCCUCCCCACCCUCGCUCCAACCACAUCGCCGCGCGCGCUUCCAUGGCCUCCGCCGCAGCUCGCAGCUCGGCUCGUAUAGCAGUCGUCGGCGACGUCCAUGAUCAGUGGAAUCUAGAAGAAGAUACGAAAGCACUUGAACUGCUGCAGGUGAUUUUGGUGAAGAGAACGUUGAACUCGUUAAGAGCGUUGCAAAUCUCGAUUUUGCUAAAGCAGUUAUUUUGGGAAACCAUGAUGCCUGGCAUACAACACAGUUUUCUGGAAAG